AUGAGCCAAUGUACAAAAUUACUUUUAUUAAGUAGUGCAGUUUUUUCACGUUGUUAUUAUCUUGAAUCAAUCAAAAUGCCUCCAAAAAUUACAAAAAUCAAUAAUGGCUGUUUCUAUUUCACCAAAGCUCUUAAAAAGGUAAUAUUACCAGACUCAGUUACAGAAUUUGGAAGGGUUUUUGGAGGCUCUGGUCUUGAAGAGUUAAUAAUCAGUCGUGAUUCAAAUUUAACAAAAAUUGGUCUAGAUGCUUUUCAACCUUCAAAUCUGAAGUACUUUUUUAUUCCAUCUAAAUGUGUUAUUCAAGAUUCUUCAUGCUUUUCGUUUUGCCCAAUAGUAAGUAUUAGCAUUGAUGAGCGAAAUACGCUAUAUAAGACAGAUGGGACGUCUAUCUAUACUGGACAAGACAAUUCUACCCUUUUUUAUGUCAGUUCAUAUCUCACAGGAACAUAUCGGAUGUCAUCUUUUGUUAAAACCAUCGCUAAUUCCGCAAUCAGAGGUGGUAAUUUCAAUGAAAUAAUAUUUAAUAAUGCUGUCACAAAUGUGAUUGAUUGGUGUUUAGCAAAUAAUCCAAUUUCAUCAUUUACUUUUCCUCCUCAAGUUACAUAUGUCACAACAUGGAUGUUCCAAGGUUGUACAAGUUUGGAAUCUGUAACAUUAACUGAAUCCAUAACAAUUAUUAAUGCAUGUGCAUUUUAUGGAUGCACUUCCCUUAUAAGUAUUUUACUUCCAUCGAACUUAACUCUUAUAGGAGAAAAAGCGUUUUGUAAUUGCAUUAAAUUAACAUCAAUAGCACUUCCUGAGAAAUUAAAUAAUCUUGGAAAUGGAGUUUUCAACGGAAUUCCACAAAUAUCUGUUACUUCUCAAAAUCCAAAUUUCAAUGUUGAUGGAUACAUCAUGUAUAAGGACAAUAAUCAGACUCUUUUUGCAUACAUCGGAUCCGAUGCGACAUAUAAUGUCACAGUAUUAAAGGGCUGUACUUCAAUUGGUGUUGGAACAUUUUUGAAUAAGAAACUCAAUGAAGUGACGUUUGAAAGUCAAAACACAGAUAUCAAUUUCACAAUUGGAACAUCUGCUUUCGAAUCUUCUUCUAUAAAGUCUAUUACAUUUCCACCAAGUUUGUACCAGAUAAAUGAGAAUGCUUUUUACAGAUGUUAUAGUUUAGAGAAAGUUGUUUUCCAAGGAACUAAAUUAACUGCUAUUCCUAAAAACUGUUUUACAUCAUGUGUGAAACUUAAUAAGAUUGUUCUUCCCGAAUCAAUCAAGAGGAUUGAUAUGUGUGCAUUCCAAUAUUGUUCUAUGAUCGGUGAUGUUGGAUUAUCUAAUCUUGUUUCAUUAGAAGGAAUAUAUUCAUAUGCAUUCGAUGGGAGUUGUUUGUCAGUUGCAAAUCUUCCAGAUUCAUGCAACAAUGUUGAGAUUCAAGCAUUUUCAAAUUCUAAGAUCACAUCUCUCACUAUUUCGUGCAAUGUUUCGAAGCAACUCUGCCAACUGUGUACAUCUCUGACAACAUUAAAUCUCAUGUACGGUGUUAGUGAGAUUGGCAUGUAUGCGUUUGAUCAAUGCAGUUCGUUAGAAGGAUUCACGAUUCCUAACACACUUGAAACUAUUUCCGAAUUUGCAUUCCAGUCAUGCAGUGAGUUGUCAUCAGUUUCUCUGAGUGCAAACUGUAGAUUGAGCCGAGUCGAUGGUGGUUGUUUUUAUGGAUGUUACAAGCUUAAAGUUAUCGAUUUGUCUCCUAUGGAUGAAAAUUAUCGAUUCGAGAACGGUGCACUCACAGACUAUGCACAAACAACUCUUAUUGUUUUCCUUCCAUACAGCGGAAUCAAGAAUUUCAUUGUUCCUAGUGCAAUGGUUUCCAUCGGAAGCUGUGCAUUCAUGGGAAGUCCAUCUCUUAUCAGAGUCUUCUUCAAUGGGAACAACAUCAAGAAGAUCGAUUAUCGCGCUUUCAAAGACUGCAGAAAUCUGAACUUUGUUUUCUUUUCAUCAUCGAGCAUCCAAGAGAUCGGCAACGAAGCAUUCAGUGGUUGUAUCAUGCUUCAGAAGUGCGGCUCUUUCUCUGCUCCGACAGCAGCUCAGAACGUAUUAAUGAGUCAAGCACAAAUCAGCAAGAAGUCUUUUUCCGAUGAAUGUGAAUUUGCAGUAUCAUGCAAAUGCAAAACCAUGAUUAAAUUCUCAUAUACAUUUCUACAACCAUUCAUACACAUGUGA